AUUUUUCCAAUAAAAUUUUGCUCGCAUUUCACUUUUCCGAAAAUGCUGUUUAGGAAAACCCUUACAUGUCACCAUAGUCGGACAAGAAGAUGUUUAGUGUUUGCUGUUUGGGGAGAAAUUAGUCCCGAAUAUGUUAUGAAACGCUAAAUAUGCGCUUAGAUAUCUUACUGUAAACCUUGUAAAAAAGAUUCUUUCUUAGUUUUAAAUUGUGACGGCUCUCCUAUCCCUACGCUUUUUAAUAUUCGAGAAAAAUGGAUGAGCAGAAGACCGGAGCAGUAAAUGGUGCCAAGGGCUCUGCUCGGCAAAAUGAUUCCGAAGCUAAGGUUAACAAAACGUUACUCCUCAGGCAGCAAAUUGAAGAGAACAGGAUGCGAAUGCAGCAAAGAGAAAAAGAGAUCUCCAACAGCAAGAAAAAUUUAGAACAACUCUUUACUCAGCUGGAUCGAUCCUGUUCUGGGGUGUCACUCAAUUUAUCAACAGAUGUUGAAGAUGUAAGGGAUAUGAAAAUUGCUUCAUUGGAGUCAUCACUGUCUGCUCUCAAAAGUGAAAAGAGAGAGUUGGACUUGCGCCUACUUAGUCUUGAAACCAUCCAAGAGGCAAAAGAAUGCCUUGAACUAGAAAUGAGUGAAUUAAGAGCAAGCCAUGAUCACCUUUCAGUGGAAAAUAACAUGUUGCAGGCUAGAGUGCAGAAUUUUCAUGCUUUAGAAGAUGAGAAUGAUGAGUUAAAACUUACUUUGGACCGUUUGGCAUAUGAAAAUUCCAGUUUAAAAGAAGAUCUGGAAGCUAGAGACGGAACCAUAAGUUCGUUUGAAGUCAAAUUUUCUAGACUUAAUCGUGAUUUAGAAGAAAUUUCUGCAAAGAAUGCUUCAAUGGUCCCUUCCACUUGCAUCGAUGAACUUCAACAGCAAAUGAACCAACUUGCAAAUGAAAGAGAUACUUUGAAGUCUGAUUGUGAAGCUCUCCAAGCGAAACUGAAUGUAGGAUUGGCAGCAACAGUAACAGAAACAGUAGCCUCUCCUGAAGUUAAAGUUUCCAGUUUGGGGGCUAAAAAGAAGUCAAAAGGAGGAAGACGCAAUAAAGGAGAUAAUCAACCUGCUGUUGAUGAAUCAAAGACUGAGGAUCCUGCUUUAGCUGCUCUAGAAUCGCAAAUCGCUCUGCUGACAGCGCAGCGAGAUACUUUAGAAGUGGAGAACGUCACAUUAAAAACUGGCAUCACCAAUUUGGAGAGCAAAUUGGCAGAAGCUGAUUCAGAAAGGCACACACUUCAACAACGUGUCGAACUUCUCAUGGCAGAAUUGAGUGCCGAUGCCAAUGUUUACAACAACAAUGACUUUGCUAACUUGCAAAUGCUUCUGCAAGAAAGGGAGGCGGAAUACGCUACCCUAUCUGCAGAAAUGGGAUCUCUUCAAGCAGAAAAGGAAGAAAUGACCCAACAGCUUGCAAAGGCUGACGGGGAAUUAUUUCAACUACGAACGAAAUGCCGAGACGUCGAGUAUAAUCUCAACACCAAGGAGGAAGCCAUUCGUGAGUUGCAGCUUCGUCUAACGUCACAGCCAACUGAAACUCCAGCUGUACAGGAAGCUGAUGUUCCGGCACCUGUAAAAGUAUCCUCGCUCGGAGCAGCUAAAAAGUCGCGAUCGAAGGGAGGUAAAGGUGGACGUGCGGCGAAUGAAUCCAAGACUUCAGUGGUGGAUGAAACGCCUAGCGCUGCCAUUUCAGAGUCCCAAAUCGCUGCUUUGAAUACCAAAAUCACAUCCCUGGAAAACGAAAUUGCUUCGCUCAACCAACAGACGGCUCGGCUUGCAGUUCUGGAAGGUCAGAUAGCCACACUUGAAGAACAACUUGGUGUUAGCGAACAAGAGAAGCGAACUUUGCAAAAGAGGGUCGAUCUCUUGCUGUCAGAACUUGACACUACCGAAAAUAACGGUGAAGUGGAAAAUUUGCAAGGAGUUUUACAAUUGAAAGAAGAAGAGUGCGCCCAACUCACGGCUAAAGUUGCAGACAUUCAGGCGGAAAAGAACGAAAUCUGUCAGCGGUUAGAUGAGGCCGGUAGUGAACUUUUUAAAUUGCGAGCUCAGCAACGGGAUACCGAAUACAUGCUGGGUAGCAAGGACGAAAGUAUCAUUGAACUUAACCAUCAACUUGAAACGAGUCGUGGAGAAGUGUAUCAACUCAAGGAGCUGAUGACAGAAUUAGAACGGAAACUCAUUGAAAAUGAAUCGUCCAAGGAGGACGAAGAAAAAUCAAUAUCCGGUACCAUCGUACAUCUCCAAGAAGCCUUGCGACAAGCCCGGCAAGAGCUGUCCAAUCUUGAGACGGAAUUAACGAGUAGUUCCGAAACUGUUCAGAGAUUGGAAAAGUCUUGCUCUUCAUUGACCAAGGACACGACAGAGAAAACUGCCGAGAUCCAGCGCCUCAAAGAAGACCUGCAGGAUGCUGAAGUUGUGUUAGCCGAGAAAGAUGCCAAGCUCAAAACCGUCCAGGAUGAAUUAAAUCGCAUGAAGAUUUCUGCGGAUGAAAACAGUUCUAUAGCCGAGCUGGAAACGGAAUUAAGCGACUCGCUAGUAGAACGUGAGCUCAUACGCAACGACCUGGAGACGCGCUGCUCUCAGUUGAACGAGUGUAAACUAUUUAGUGUUAAACUCGAGUCUGAGCUUGAAGAGGCUCGUGGGAGAGAGGCAGAAUUGAUCGGUUUGAAUGAGACCGCCAACGCUCAGAAAAUAGCAGCCGAAGAAAAGCUCGCCCAGUUGAGUGAAAAAUACAAGAAAUUGGCCGCCAACUACAAGCAAAAGCUACAAGUCAUCCAGCAGCUGGAAGCUAAACUGGAGAAGUUGAAGAAAGCCACCGAGAGUGAAGGUGGUGAACCUCAAUUGCUUCAAAUGCGCCUCGUUGAAAACGAGAGUGAAAUCGUCUCGCUGCGAGAACAACUGAGCAAAUUGAAAGACACUGCCGAUCAGUUGGUGCAAGCUCGACAGACACUCACCCAAACAGAGGAAGAACUCAAAACUGCCAAAGGAGAAGCCCUACAAGUAGGAGAAGAGAAAAAUAAGCUUCUUGAUCAGCUGAAUGAAUACCAGGACAUGGCCAAUCAGUUGGAACAAGCUCGAUUGUCCCUUAGCCAAAUUGAAACGCAUUUACAUUCCGUCCAAGCGGAUGCUAAUCAAUUGGCCGAAGAAAAUAGGAAUUUACAAGUACAAAUCGUUUCCGGUAGCGAGCAACUUCAGUGCAGCACUUUGGAAGCUCAACGAGUGAUGGAGGAAUACCAAACAUUGUUGAAACAAAUGAACGAGUUGAGAGUUACCGCUGGCCAAUCAAACCAAUAUCAAGAAGCUUUACAACGUGCUGAAAAUGAGCUGCAAACUAUUCGUCUACAUCUACAACAAGCUGUGGAAGAGAACAGUAAUCUCGCUGAUCAACUAGCGGAAGUAGCGGAUGUCAGGAAUCAUCUGGACCAGUUGAAACACACUCUCAGUCAGACUGAAAAUGAAUUGACCACCUGCCAAACUCAGUUGCAAUGCGCUCGAGAAGAGUCCCAACAAAUGAUGGACGAAAGCCGAAAAAUGAUGGAACAACUGGAUCGUUCAUCUGACAGGAUUUAUCAACUGGAGCAAUCAAACAACGAGUCUGAGUUCAAAGCACGUGAAAAUGAGGGUAGGCUCCAGAAUUUGAUGGAGGAACAUUCCAGUGUUGUCGAUCGGCUGCAACACGAAUUGAGCGCUGCUAGAGAUCAGCUGCAAUCAAUUUCGGCCAAUUUGGAAGGUCAAGGAUCCAUUCAAAGUAGCCUUGAAGAUCGGGUUCAAGUAGCCGAAAGUGAAUCGUCGAAUUUGCGGUCGCAACUCAGUGAAAUUUCCAAUGUCAGGGAUACUUUACUCGGGGAAGCGGAAGGAUUACACCGCCGCAUUGCAGAGCUCCAGGGAGAAGUGAAUGCAGCUGUCGAAUCCUCUACCACCUUGCAUAAUCAGCUGGCGGAUCUCUGGGAAGAGAAGCAAAAUGCUGUGAAUCACAACGCUCACUUGCAAGAAGAAUUGAAUCGAUUCAAAUGUCAACAGGAAGAACAGUCAAGUACACAGUCCGUCGUUUUGGAAAGAGAAAUUCAGGAGUUGCGCGACCAAUUAGCUGCUGCCCAGUGGGACCUCGACACAAAGAACAACGAGCUGUCAUCCGCACAGCAACUUCGAGAUCAACUUUCGGCGGUUCAAUGGGAACUUGACGUCAAAGUCGGUGAAAUAUCCAGCUUCCAGCAACAACGAGAGGCAGACACGGAGCGAAUCGCUCAAUUGGAAAAGCAGUGCUCCGAUACUAGUUCUUGGAUUGAAACUAAUUUGGAAGAUUCAUCAACUCUCAAGUCACGUAUCCAGGACUUGGAAAAUCAACUUGCUGAUUUGAAUAAUCAAUACGCAGGACUUUACUCUACUUACGGCUCGAAAUUGUACGAGUUUACGACCUUGGAAAACCAAGUUGCCGAUGCCAAUCUAAAGGUAACUGAAUUGUCCGAUGAGUUGGCUCGUCAACUGUCAACGAUCGAUGAAGUAAAUGCCAAGAACAGUACCUUAGAGCAAGAAGUCCAUUCAGCUGCUGCCCUUCGUGAGCAGCUGAUCGAUUUGGAGACAGCCAAUGCUGAACUUUUGGACAAAGUCUCUCAUUUCAAAUUCCUUUCUGGCGAAAUCGACAAUAUUCAAAGACAAAUGCAGGUUCUGACCGAAGAACGGGACGAACUGCUAAGAACUGUCGAUUCCAUGCGGAUGGCUAGUGAAGAGAAAGUACAACUAACAGAACUUGUUGCUGAUCUCCGUUGGCAACUUGAUGAAUCUGUCAGAGUAAAUAGUGAAGAAAAAGCGGAAUUGAUUCGUCAGAAGCAAACGGAUAUGGAUGAUCUUCAAAGACAAAUUGACGAAUUCCGUUCGGCCAUGGAAAGCGCUUCGGAAGAGCGGAGUCGUCUGAUUGAAGAGAUUCGAUCUAACGAAAGCGAAUCGAUGGAAUUGAGACAUCAAAUGGCCGGAUUACAAGACCAAAUCAAGGAACUCCAAAAAAGUACUUCGGAUGUUCAAGAGAUUGGCCUGUUGCGGAUGAAUUUAGCCGAUUUGUCAUCCGAACGUGACGACCUCAACUACCAGAUCGAAGAUAUCCAGGCUCAAUGUUCCGAUUUAGAGACUAAAGUCAGUGAAGCUGAAGAGGUUCGUUCUAUUCUAGAAACAACCGUUUCCUACCUGGAGUCGAAAGUUAGUGAACUCCAAGCGGAAAUUGCAGCUGCAGUUGCUGCAAAAGAAGAAGACCAAACUAAUACAGCUUCUCAGAUGGCUGCAUUGACUGAUGAACGGGACGCAGUGGCCGCUCGCCUGUCGACUAUCCAAUUGGAAAAUCAAGAGUUGAUGUCGCUUCGUUUGACGUUGGAUGAAGCCGAGCGGAUGUUGAAAGAGUCUGACUCUACUCUCAACGGAGCUCGCCAAGCUCACGCUGAUGCUGUAUCUCGUGCGGAAGAAGCGGAGCGACAGUUGACCGAUUCCCUGCGAUGUCUUUCUGAAGAACAGCAGAAACAUCGACUUGUCCUAGACGAACGGGAGGAACUGUCCGAUCAAUUGACCCAAGCCAAUCAAGUGCGUUCCGAGUUGCUUGAGCAAUUUGCUCAACUUCAAAACGAAUUGAGUCGAGUGGAGGCUGUUGCUGCUAUGUGUGGCCAAUAUCAGGCUGAAGCAGAAGAAUUUGCCAAACUCCGGAGUCAAAUCGACGAAUGGAAAAAUCAGGCGGGAGAGGUUUCACAAUUACGGCUUAAAUUAUUUGAAGCCAUUUCUGAAAAGGAUGAUUUGGAAUCGAGCGUUCAAGCUCUUGAAGAAGAACUGGCCAUAGUACAGAAUGAUCUUGCGGUUUUGCGGACGCAGUGCGAAGCCAAGAGUGAAUCUUCUUCUGAAUUGGCUACCGUACAAGAUGAACUAGCAAGUGUCCGAAAAGAACUGGAUGAAGCAAAUCGAUGGUCAUCUGACAAUUUGUUCGCCGCUCAAGAGCAGCUGGCUGCAAUGCAGAUCGAACUUGAAACUAGUCGUCAAUCUUCAGCUGAACUUUUCAACGUUCGGAAGGAAUUGGAGUCUAAUCUUGGCUUGGCGUCGACAGAGCUGGAAGUUCUUCGUGGCGAACUGGAAACUGGUCGAGUAUCUACGUUCGAGUUGAAUGCACGAUGUGCUGAUCUCGACAUGGAACGAAAUUUGUUGAUGGAAAAGUGCAUGGAAAUGAAGGAUACCCAACGUGUCAUCGAAUCCAAGUGCGCAGAGUUAGAGCAAUCAAAAGCGGACAUAAUCGCUGAAAACGAACGACUUCUAUCCGAACAUUCCAAAUUGGCGGGCAGUUCCAGUCAACUGUCUGAAUCCAACCUGACAGAGCUAGCCCAGCUGAGAGUAGCAAUAAUGGAUCUUACAUCCGAGAAGGAAGAUCUGGACGAGAAACUGGCCGAAGCGGAAGAGAAAUUGAUUGAGCUCACGUCCCUGCGGAUCACCAAUUCCGAGUUGAGCAUGGAACUCGAAGAGGCUCAAGCCCGGAUUCAAGUCAUUGAAGAAGAACGAGAGGCUGAGCUGACUGAGAUGAAGAGGCAGUUAUCUGAAACUGUCAUCAAAUUGAGCCAACAGGAGGAGCGAAUUGAUCGAGUUUCCGUCGAACGGGAUCAGUUGCAACAAACUGUCAGCCGAUUGGGAGAAUCUUCAAUGAGGGUCGAAAAAGCAGAGAUGGAAACGCAGGAGAAGACUGAAGGUGGCAGUGAUGACAACUUGCGGAAACAAAUUGCGGGACUCGAAAGUGAACUGCACGAAGCGAAAAUCAAGGCAGCCAAAUCUCUCCGUCAAGUCAAACUUCUUCGGGCUGAAUUGACUAAAGAGAAAGAAGCGGCUGCUUCUGCCAAACAAAGCGGUGGAGAUGAUUAUUUCAACUUUGCCGUCGAAGAGGAACUUAGAAAACAGUUGAAUGAAGCUGAGAAAGCAACAGCUGAGAAGGUGAAGGAGAUUGAACGACUUUUGUUGAGGAUCGAUACCCUUGAAGGAGCCAACGAACGGUUCAUGCAAGCCAAGGAGCGUCAAGACAAUGAAAUGGCAAUGGUUCAACAGCGCAAUCGCGAACUUUUAGCCCAGAUGGCAUCGAUGGAGUGGGAUAACUCCGAGUCAUCCGGCAAAGAACGUGCUAUUGAGGCCGAUACUGCAAUCAAUGCGACAGUCGAAACGAAUUCAGAGCAAAUCGCCGCAUUGGAAUCGACCAUCAGUCAACUGACGGACGACAAUGAGAACUAUCAAGAUUUGCUGGAUGAGCUUAAAGCCGAAAGGCAAGCUGCUGAAGCAGGAUUGAAGGAAAGGAUCUCCUCGCUGGAAGCCGAUAUUAACGAAAAGUCGAGACUUUUGGAUGAAAUCAGUCAGCAAAUAGAGAACAAGGAUCGACUCUUGUCGGAUGCCUACGAAAGUGUCAAUCAGUUACGCAAACAAGUGAUGCAACUAUCGGAAGUAGGUGGGGAAGGAUCGGUAGAAUCCUCCGGAAUGCUGGAAGAACUCAGACGUGAGAACGAGAAUCUCGUCGACAUGAUUCGUCAGCUGUCGACAACUGGAACGCUAGACGCUGCUACUGUCCAGCGUCUCAAAGACGAAAUGGAUCAAGUGGCCGUGGACGAUGCCGAUCGCUUCCAGCAAUCCAGCGAUACCAGCGAUAGCGCCAUUGACUGGCACAGGGGAUUCAACGAACUGCAAAUCGAAGUAGAGUAUCUACGCUCCCAGAACGUGUCUCUAUUGAAUCGAUUGCAAGAGGCCGGACUUGUGUGGGAUGAAGGUGCGGAUUUCGUAAGCGAAGACAAUGACCGUAUUGAAUUGUUGCGUUUACAACUGGACAACGCCAUCCGCAACGUUCACGAGCGUGACAUGCGCUGCCAGGAACUAACUUGGGAAAUAACCAAGUUACUGGAAGAGCGUGACACGCUACAGUUGCGACUAUCUAAUUCCUUGCGGCAGAAUCACGAAAUGCAACAGGAAUUGAAAGACUUUUCAGCAACUGCUAGUGGGGCUAGCCCUAUCGGAGAUAUCACCGCCAAACUGCGAGAGUUAAAGCAACUCAACUACUCGUUAGACGUCCAGUUGCGUCGUGAACAGGAAGAACGCCAGACUAUUGAACGUCAGUUGAUGGCGUUGUAUGGCACACGAGGUGGAAGUACUAGCCCUAUUUACGCUAAUGGUGCUCGAAGGUCAACAGGUCGUCAGUCAACUCAGAACGACGGAGAAGAAACCGAAUUCGACCUAAACAAUUCCCAUGAAGUCUCCGGCACUGGUCAGGUGUUAUCAGAAUGGCUUAAGGGCAAAGAGUCGACUGAUGUCCAGCAUGUUUGAUGUAUCCUGCUCGUCUGAAUUAUUGACAAGAAUGACAAAUCGACCAUCACCGUUAAGUAACUGAUGUAUGUCGGAGGCUUUGAAUAAUUGUACACUGCAUAGAUUUAAUUAUUUUGUGGUCGGGGUUGCUAUUAAAAAAGAUGCCUUAUUAUAUGAAUGGGACAAGGGUUGUGUGUUUUAUGAUUUCAAUAGUGAAUAAUGUCAUAUUUUUUUUCCUUUCUUAUUCGUCCUCCACCGCUGCACGGCCUAAUAAAACGAACGAAAUAUACAAGAAAUGAUUGCGGCCAAAA